CUGUGUCAAUAGAAAUUUUCUAAAAUUUGAAAUCAAAGACCACAAUGGUAAACGCAUUCUACUUUUGUGGUAGAAAUUUGUUACGACUAUAAUGGAAAAAGCACCCUUUAAUCUGUACAAGAGGAGGGUAUUUGGUAUCGUGGUAUUUUUAAGUCACAUAUUUGAAUUUAAACCAUGAUUUGUAAGAAUUUCCAUUAUUCAUACUCUUCUUUCUCAAGAAAAUGAAAGAGUCCAAAGGACCAGCGUGGGGGGUGGUGUUCUCAGUUCGCCACCGUAACCACCACCAUGGGCCAUGCUUGACGCUCCUGAUCAAGAGAGAGAAAAUGAACCUUGCAGCAACGCUAGAAGUUACAUUGCCCAUUAAAACAAACCCACCUCAAAACAACAGGCAGAAAACAGCAACGACUACUCCAUUAACGAUUUGAAUGUCUCAAACUCUCUCUUCCUCCGUUUCUGUUGUGUUUCCCUUGUUCUUCUUUCAGAGGCGAAGGCGCGAUAACAUUCCUGCAAUUUAAACCUUCUCUUUUGUCUUCUUCCCUGGCGGCCCUUUAAAUGCAAUCCUCCCCAACAUCCCCCCUCGAAGUAAUCAAGUUCUGCUCUCUUUCUCUCUCUCUGAACCAAAGGCAUCUCCCUCGGAAGUUUCUCUCUCUCUCUGUACAGUACCAUAGAAAGCAGAAAGAAGAUGGAGCCAGGUCCACCGGUAAUAGCCAAGAAAAAGUGUAACAUCGUACGGAUAGUGUUCUUUAUGCUGAGAAAAGGCAUUUCGAAGCGGAAGUUAAUGAUGGAUCUUACUUAUCAAAAAAAAAAAAAAGUUAAUGAUGGAUCUUCACCUGAUGAUGAAACGUGGCAAGCUUGCUGGGAAGACUCUGGGCAACCUGAUGUUCCACCACUACUCCAAUCUCAGUUGCCGCUCCAACGACGUACAGCUUUCCGUGGAGGCGUCGCCGUUGGUAAACCUGCCGGGGUUCGGGAAGAGCCCCAUAGUACAGGCGAGGAAGACAGCCACGUCGACAAGGCAGUUGAGGAAUUUAUUGAGAGGUUUUAUAAGGAUCUAAGGCAGCAAAAGAGGAUGGCUGCUCUCGAGGCAAGAUACCAUGAUAUGUGGUCGUCCCUGGGUUAAGAUACCUGUGUCAGUUGUCGGCCGGACUCCGGCUUUGAAUGUAAGACAGACCUACUACCGGCAAUAAAUUGGAACGAGUGCUUGACCGAAAGGUUGUCAAUGUUGGAAAGGAUGGGCUGGUGGACAUGGCUGAGGGAACGGGCUUAGCAACU